CCACAACCAUUCGAUGCGUUAGAACGACCAUGCACUGGCGAUGCACACCGCCGACAUAUAGAAGUGCAGUUAACAUUGCGGUACGGAAUAUUAAAUUAAGUAGUUUCGCCUAGCAUGAAAGUACAACUGCCAAAUUGCCUUACGAAACAUGGGAGAUAAAGAGCAUCACGUGCACUUCAGUGGGGGAAGCAGUCUCGUAAAAGACAACAAUAUUAUGAUACAACCACAACGACAUGGACAAAUUGACGCGUAUCUCGGAUUUUUACAGCUUCAUCACAGGUAUCUUGUGGAAUUUCUAAUCCCUUGGAAUAUAUGUCAGCACAGCGAAGGAAAAGCCAUAGCACCAGCCAUAAUUGUUGGAGUGAAGAACCCCAAUUGUCACAUCGUUGAUUUUGGACAAGAGAAAGAUGGCUUAAAGUUGAAAAUAGAGUUCCUAGCCCACAAGGAGAAGAUCCUGAAAGAGGAGGUGCAAAUAAGCUGCUGCAAGUCCGGGAGCCCGUUGAAAAUCCAGCUGAGUUCACGUAUCUUAGCGAAAGACAAGGGCACCCCGUUGCUGAGGAACGGCAUUCACAGCAUCGGUGUGGAGAGGCCGGAGGAAGAUGAGGUGCUGGGUACAAAAAUUAAAGAAUACCUGAGAUCGCACGGCCAACACCAACCUUGAACGGAAGCCAGCGGUCAGGUUCGUGAAGGAAAAUCGCGCGUCCGGUUGGCAAUGAAGCAUUCAACAGGGGACGGCCUAAUCGAUGUAGUGUGUUUUGGUCGGUGAUCAGGGAAUGGCUAUAAUUAGUCGAUAUAAGCAAUCACGUUUACCAUGACUCUUUAUCUUUAAAACGUAGGAUACGCCCAAGACGAGCCUAAUGCAAUCCGCUGUUUCACCUUCAAACUGCACGGUAUAACUUUUGCGAAUCAAGUGCGCAGCGUUCACCGACGAGCUUUUCACAACCCCGUUGUUCUGUCGUGUCGAUGUCGCAGAAGUCUAUUACAGAAACGACCCUUACGAUCUAGGAAAAUUAAUGUGUUCCUCUGAUCGGCCUUUCCGAUGGAUCACACCGAGAUAUGUAAUUACCGCUAAGUAUCGCGAUCACCUACUAUUAACUUCUUCAACGAGACGUAUCACGUAUUGCCUAAAGUAUAUAUACUAUAUCUACGAUAUAUCCACUCACGAAUCUAUUUAUAAUAAGCCAGAUUGUAUUUUACUAUCAUUUUACAUCGAGCGUAGGCUUUACGAACCACUAAUCAAAUACCAAUUACGAAGCCGCGAGCGUCGACGCUGUUUUUCUAAAUCUUUGCUAAGCCGAGAACCAAUCACUGAAAAAUGAACGAAUUUAACGACGAACGAGGCGUUUUAUUAAACGAUUAUCUUGCAUAUCGGACUCUGUCGAUUUUUAAUUUAAGCUCUGAUCAACGUUUUUCGACCAACCUUUGCUAGCGUGAAUAUACUAAUGUAGUAGGUAGCACCAUUUUGAAUGAAGCAUCCCUAGCUGUUACUAUACACGGUGAUGCUCAUAAGGGAAAGAACUCUCUGUCGGACUCCGAUUUUAACCAGUCUUUGCAUCUUUCUACUGUUAUAAUUACCUGACAAUUUACAAGAUACAAACAACUUUUAAUUCACGAAUCGGGAACUAAUUUUACAAUCUUCUUAAUCGAUCAUGAGUUACUGAUCGGAUUGCAAAGGCUUGUUAAAAUUGAAGUUGGGCUCCUUCCCUUGUCAGACAAGUCCACUUAAUUUUCAAUACCCGCAAAGACACACCUAGUAAAUGCGGGGAUUCAUUGUCAGCACCGGAAGCUAGUCUUCUUCAUAGGAAUACCAGUCGGUCCAUCGACAAACUCGCAAAUAUUGAAGCCAAGUCUGGCCAAGGGAUGACAGUUGCUCUUCGGGUUACCCCACUUUCCCCUGAAGCUCAUCCAGCCGGGCAGGAUGCUGUUCUCUUCCUUGAGGAGCAGCUCUAUCUUCUUCCACGUAGGCCAGGCAGUUCCAAAGCCGCUCUCGUCGUACAAACGGGGCAGCCUGACGAACUUAUGCUUUCCUGGUGCUGUCCAGAGUCCGUGGGAUCCGCGCGCGCUGAACAGUAUUGGAUGAGAACCGCCAGCGGUGAAUACCCUUUCUGGGAAUAUGGGUUUCUGGAAGAUGCCCUUUCGCGUCUCCUGGCUCUCGUAGACGAACGUGCCGCUCCGCAGAUCGUAUCUAUAAUACGCGCCAGCGUCGUGGGCGGACACGUACAUCGCCGAAGGAUAAUUGGCGUCCUGGAACAGUUCGAACGGAAGCUGAGCGAGUGCAGAAGACCUGAAAGCCAAUGAGAGGAGCAGAAGACACUUUCUAAUAUGAAUUAUGAGCAUCGUGGUCGAUUCAUCUCGGAUGUGGAACAAAAAACUGUUACGCCCUCCAUUGCCAGAGCCCGGGUCUAUUUUGACCUAAAGGAACAAAGUCACUCCCGCCGAUUUGAUUAAAUGAGCAUGCGUAUACAUCAGAAACAACAAAGAAACAAAUUAUCAAUGACGGCAAUACCGUCAAGAUGCGUUUUAAAGGAUAAUCAUGAAACUAUGAACGGUAAAUCGUUGCGUCAACUAAAUGACAUCAUACGUUCCUCCCAUCGAAAUCGAUUGACACGGAUUUGCGAGGAACACUUUCAAGACACGUCUCGAAAAUUGGAUAAAUACCAUGAACGAUCAAUCAUUUCGCCCAUUUAAAACAGCGUUAUCGUUAUCGUCGUCGGAAUAGAUCGACCCGGCGACGAGGAUCUUCGUAACGUCGACUAUAUCGUGUACCUUGAAAUAAAGACUCAUGUGUUCCCAA